AUGUCUAAAAUAACAAGAGUUAUUUUAAUAUUAGCUGUAGCGUCAGCUGUUAGAACCGCAGAUGAGGGUUUGGAGUCUUCAAACCCUCACGAAGUAAUGAUAGCACAAGAGUCCAGCAAUCACCAUACGCUAAUUGCACCACCAGUCCGAAUUAUAAAGCCUAAUGGUGUUACCAACUCGCACAGACCUCAGUACGAUCUAGAUUCUUUAGAAGAGGAGAUAGCAAAUAUAGACGUAUCAAACUUCUUUGAAGCAACGACUCGGAAGAGUCUGUAUAAAACAUACAACUCUCAUAAUUCGAGAUAUAAGGAGACAAUGGUCAGAGAUGCAGUUCUUAAAGCCUUGGAAAGAAGAGAUCAUGUGGGGAAAUUUGCACAAAUCCUUCCAAUUAUUAGGGGAAUGAGUGGAAGUCAGAGAGUCGCGUUAGCUUCACUAGUUGCCAGUCAAGUAAGCACUCCACCGGGAAGACUUCCCCUUAAUCUUUCACAGGUGAGAUCUAUGUUCGGUAACGAAAACAAUUCCUCCUCUGAACUAAUGCUUCCGAUACUGUUAGACAUGGCUAAUAUGAUCCGACGGGCAGUCAGAUCAGGAAAAGAACAGAGAGACGUAAAACUGCCAUUGACACUAUCACAAACAAAGUUACUCAGACGUUCAUUCAUCGAAGAAACAUCACAGAGCGAUGAAUUUGAUCCAGGCGUUGUGGAAUUCAAGUCACUUAAAACCACAACCACUAAACCAAAAAUCACUUUCAAGAAUCUCAACACAAGAAUCCGACCUCAAAUAACUACAGAAACUCGAUCCAAUAAAUCAGACGUCGAGAAAAAAACUGUACAAGCUAACAAAACAGCAAUAAAUAGUCAGAUACAGAGUAACACUGAUGACUUCAAUUUUACUUCAGUUAACAAUGAUGACAAUGAAAAUAACACGACAAAGGAAACCACUACGAUGGAGCCACCGCAGCAGACACAGGCUAAAGGCAGAUCGAUGACGCUUGCUGACAACAUAACUUUGGAUCUGACAGCCGACGAUACCAAUCACUCGUUGGAACACCAGCUGCCCGUAGCUGAGAAGCUUCGUUCGUUUAGCAGAUACGUUGACAAAAAAGGAAAUAUAAUCCGUCGUGGUACUUACAAUCCAAAAUCACCGCUUGUACUUCGACGUACUACAGCUGAACCAACACCAGCGCCGUCUUUGAGCUCCAUUGGUAGAAGGAGACCGUUCCCGGCCAAGAAACUCCCAACUUUAUCAGGAGAGCAGAAAAAGUGUGAACACUUUACCAAUACGGUUUGCCUUCACAUUGAGGAUUACCCUACGGAAGCCAUAAUCCAAUCAAUAAGGCGUAAUAAAGCAGCCGGAGCACUGCUAGCUGACAUUAAAGACCCAGGAGAAGGAGCUGUUGAUGGCAUCACUGCAGCACAGGAGGCAAAAUAUACCGCUGAGCACUACCUUGUAUCCAACAGGCGUGGCGACACAGCCAACAGAGACUUCGCGAGUGCAGGAGAGGCUGGUUUUAUGUGCCCCAGCACCGUGAAAUACGCAAGACCGCAGCGAGCAAGGGCUACUUCAGGGCAGUGGAAAUAUAUCGUGAACACUGGCGAGCAUACUCAGACAUUGCGAUUAGAGAAGUGCUUAAAACCAAAAGAAUCAUGCACUUACUUGACUGAUAACUUUAAGUCUAAAUGUGUACAAGUAUACAAUUAUCAUAGACUCUUAACUUGGGAUCAGCAAAACGGAUUGCAUAUGGAUAUAUUUAAGGUUCCCACGUGCUGUUCCUGUCAUAUUGAAGGAUACAGCGUCGCUUUCCCACCACUAGGUCAUAGAAUACAUGAAACUUCGUCAGAACAUUUUCCUGGAGAAGAAUUAUCCCCAGAACAUUCUAAUCAAGCAUUUGAGGCUGUUCAAUCCGUAGUUCAGAAACCUUCAGUUACGAAGUCGCAUAAUUUUCCAUUUAAGAAGCCCUUAGACACAUUCCCUUCAUUUAUUGAUAAUCAUAACUCGAUUCCAGGCCCAAUGUUUUCAGAUGUAAGUGAUGACGAUGAGCUUAAUAAUCUGUCUCCGCAUAGCCUUAAAGAUUCUUACGGAAAUUCUUAUUUCCCGGAUUCCGUAAAUCAAGAAACUUCAAGAAGAAAUGUUAGAAAACCUCCUUCAGCCCGGAAUCCUAGCGCAACAGAUUUUAAUACCGCAACCUUACCAAGCUAUUUAGAACCUCCCACGCCAUCAGGAUCAUCUUCGUUAUCGUACUUUAAAGACAUUUUAAGCAAAUACAAAAAUACUGAUAACUUAUUUAAAAGAGGCAUUUCUAGGCUAAAUCGUCGGCCAAUAUCUAAUAGGCAAGAAGAUUUAGUACCUUCCGGUACGUCUGCACUUGGUACAUUUUCUAGUGAUAGCCCAAACACCGAGGAAGAGCUGCCUCCGGAAUUUCAGAGUUAUGACUCAAGGAAAACAAAUCCUAACACAAAUGUUAGAGGAACAAUAGCACCUAAGUUGUUUACAGUGACAACAGAAAAACAAUUUAGUACUUUAAGACCUAAAGAGGAGAAAAUUUCAAAUAGUAAGCGGGUCAAUUAUAAUUAUCAUCCUAUAAUUGAAUUUUUUGAAGAAGAUGAUAAGGAAGGGAAUGAGUCUAUUGAUAGGGAGGACAAUAUUUCCGAAUUUAUGCCCUCUCCUGAAUCAGAAUGGAAGCCUAUCAGUCUAGCUGCGACUCAAAAAUAUUAA